ACCACAAGCACACUCAGUCUUCUAUAUAAAGAGCUUCUUCUUCCAGACAUUUCGUUAGUUUGCUAUAAGUGUUGUACCGAAGAGCAUCGUCUCACUAUCUAGUUCAUUUCUGACAUAAGAAAAAAACGUUUGAAAAAAUGAAGACAUUUUUGGCUGUUGUGUGCUUCAGUUCAGUGCUAAGUGUUGCCUUAGCCCAAUUCCCAAAUGGUCGUUUCUUGGAAGGACCGGUGGCCGCAUUGUGCGCCCAACGCCAAAUUCAUGAACGUGCACCAGACAACAAAGGAUACUUCUUCUCGUGGCGUGAUCCAGCAUUGAAAGGUGUCGAAAAAGAUUGGUUGGAUGCUCGUAAUUACUGUCGUCAACGUUGUAUGGAUUCCGUAUCACUUGAAACCAGCAACGAAAACGAAUGGAUCAAGCGUCGUAUCGUUGAUGAAAAGGUAAAAUACAUCUGGACCAGUGGUCGUAUGUGUGACUUCAAAGGAUGCGAUCGUCCAGAUUUGCAGCCGGUUCAAACUCAUGGUUGGUUCUGGACAGCCGAAUCACAAAAGAUCGCACCUACCACCGACCGAUCACAAGGUGAUUGGUCCGAAAAUGGUGGUAUUGGUUUGCCACAACCAGACGAUCGUGAAUACAAACAAGGCGGUGCCCACGAAAAUUGUUUGGCCGUUUUGAACCAAUUCUACAACGAUGGCGUUAACUGGCAUGAUGUUGCUUGCCACCACAAAAAACCAUUCGUUUGCGAAGAAAAUGACGCUCUUCUCAAAUACGUGCGUUACAAUAAUCCAAACCUCCCAAUCUAAGAACUUUUUUAUGCAUUUACACUUAACAAAAAAAAAACAGAACAAUCACUCACAAAUGACUUUUACUUUAAACAAAACAAAUUAUUGAUCUGUAAAGAAAACUGGUUUUUAUUAUUCAUAUAAGAUGAUACCAAAUAAAGUGAGAUGACAUUAA